AUGGGGACGACCAAUGUUACUACCAUGCCGAUCAAGGAAGUUGUAACCAAGCAUUCAACAGAUUCGCAGAGUGAUCCCAAGCUAGGAACCCCAGCGGGUUCGUCUGAGCCUCUCCGCUUGGACAUCUCCUUGCAGGCUCUGGGCAAUCUUACGUCUGUCGCACCAGUUACGCUCGCUAGUCUACCUCCUAGUACAACCUCAGCCGGGGAUGUUGACCCCGCUUCGUCCACGACUUCUCCCAGCAAUUUUGAAUUGGUCCCACCAACGCCGGGGCCUGUUGGGCCUCCAGAUUCCUCGCCUUCCGGCUCAGCUCUCUCUCCAACAUCAGCAACUCUGACGCCCGCCCAUUCAAUUGGUAUACCGGCAAAGGAAAUCAGAAAUACUCUGAACGCCCCUCCCAGCUUGCUGCAGGUAGACGCCAAGACGAUUUGGAAACCCUCAUCUGCCACGAUGGAUGCUGAUGCAUCGUUGGUAUUGGAGCCAUCAAUUAUUAUCGCGCCUCCAUCGCCCAUUGCUCCUCAGUAUAUGGAGAGGGAUACUAGAUUUCCUUUGUUGAAUGAGGAAGACGAGGAGUCCAUCGCCAGCCUGGGACUCUCGGACAACGAGGAUGCCUGUAUGGAUUCCCUUAUGAGUAGCAUGCCUACUCAAGGUGAACAUUCGGCUUCACUAGCUCGGUCCAUCAACGAGGAAUAUUCUAUGGGACCUCUGUCGACCAGCAUGUCAACUUCAGGAGGAGAUGCCGCUUCACUAGUUCGGCCGCUCCCGUCCUCCAAGUCGGACUCGCGUACAGAUUCGUUGCAGAACUUACGUGGCAACCAAACUGGAUGUCCUCUUUCUGGUUCUCCUCCUCGUCCUUGCUCUCCUCGGUCUAGCUCCCCACUGUUAUCCCGAGCGUCGAGAUUUUCAGUUGGGAUGAGCUCCCGACGAGCCUCCUCCGGAUCACCUACGGAGUCUUCGCCCAGCUGUUCACGUCAAGAUGACCACCGACCCAGCCAUCGUAGCUUGACGUCUGUCCGUCGAUUCAGCUCGCGUUCCCCCAAUCGUCGCUCACCGUUGUCCUCUCCUCGGCGGACUAGCCAUGACCAAACCCCAUACGUCGACGCAACAUCUGCAAGGUCGUCGUUAUCAGCCUCAAGCAGUGGGAUCGCCACUGAGGAACGUGACCGGCUUCUUCCAGCGACGUUACCGUCCUCUCGCCCAUCACUGGAUGCCCAGCUAUAUUCACCCGCACCCGAACGGGGAGGUAGGGACGCGAGUCUCAACAUGGCUCCUCUGGCAGCAUCAGCGCUCCCGACCCCAGGGUCCGCAACGAAUGCGUCGGGGAUAAGAAGAACUAAGAGCCAGCGCGUUCGCCCUCCCAAACGUGUACGUCUGCUGGCCAAGUCUCUGGCUGAGGCGACUGGUGGUACAGCUAUUGGUGCUGCUGGUACCGUUGUAGCCCCUGCGGAACUUCCUUUGGAAGGUCGCCCGUCGGAUCCGACCACAGCAUCCUCCACCGGCCAGCCCGUCAGGGCUAAAUCUUUACUGGAUCGAAUGGGAUCGAGCAAGGAGGAUGUCCCGAUGGAUGUGGAUGCUAGCCAUGAGGAUAUGGAGCACCGUAUGGAUGAAUCAGCAUAG